GAGAAUGCGUUUAUUGGUCAAUCCAAAAUCUACAGCUACCUGAAUCCUACCAAAACUCCUGGUGCUCGCCCCCCACUUCAAGAAGAAAACUCUGUCAUGUAUCACGAGGUGAAAUGUCAGGGCAAAACACUAAACGAAACCUACAGGAAAGGAGAUGGCAAAAAGAAUGGUGGCAAUAUAAUCGAAGGUGCUAUGAAACCAGAAGACCAGAAAGAUAAAGAAGGUGGGCGCAAUGCUUCAGUGCCCUCCUCUGAUCAAAACCCAGAAACUGUAGAAACUCAAAAGACACCUCUGCCUUCAGACUGUGCUGGUGAGGCCAAUGCAAAGCCAGCUCAGAAAAAGAUGGUUAAAGUAAAACGUGGACCAAGGAGGAAAACACAAGGAAGACCACCAAAUCGGAAAGUGACAGAUUAUUACCCAGUUAGAAGAAGUUCCAGGAAGAGCAAAUCUGAACUGGAGACUGAGGAGAGGAGGAAAAUAGAUGAGCUAAUUACAAGUGGGAAAGAAGAAGGAAUGAAGAUUGAUUACAUCGAUGGCAAAGGGAGAGGAGUAAUCGCUACUAAACACUUUAAUCGAGGAGAAUUUGUAGUUGAGUAUCACGGGGAUCUCAUAGAGAUCACUGAUGCUAAAAAGCGAGAAGCUGUGUAUGCUCAAGACCCAUCCACAGGCUGCUAUAUGUACUAUUUUCAGUACCUCAGCAAAACGUACUGUGUUGAUGCUACAAAAGAAACCGAUCGUCUGGGAAGACUGAUUAAUCACAGCAAAUGUGGCAAUUGUCAGACAAAGCUUCACGACAUCGAUGGUGUGCCUCAUCUCAUACUGAUAGCUUCCAGAGACAUUAAAGCAGGUGAAGAACUGUUGUACGACUAUGGAGACAGAAGCAAAGCUUCCAUUGCAGCUCAUCCAUGGCUGAAACACUAA